AUGGCUUCUCCUCGCCGCAACCGCCGCCGUUGGGAUGACUUUAACGUCGUCAACAAUGGUAGUGAUGACGAUAGCCCUAUGCAAUUACACGACUUCAACAACAGUAGUGAUGAUGAUGAUGAUGAUAGCGAUAUACAGUUACAACAAGCCCUUUUCUACUUGGCAAAAUCAAAGUCAAACCCUAGCCCUAACGACGUUAAGAAAAAAGGAAUUGACUAUUCCUGCAGCUUUGUUGAGACUGACGGAAUCGACCUUCGUAACUGCAACUACGAAAAAGGUGGACCCUCAUGUGUGUACUGUACUAUAUGCAACGAACCAACACCAGCAAACGCCGAUGAUACAAUGUGUGGACCAAACUGCGGACACGUCUAUUGUAAAGAAUGCAUAACUAACUAUGCACGCGAAAAUAUCAAAGAAACUCUAACGCAAGUAAAGUGCCCAGUAUCCGACUGCAAAGAAUACAUGUUGAUCAAUGAAAAUUCCGUCCCACCUGAAUUUAUUAAUCAAUGGCGCGAUACGGUUCGUGAAGCUAAGGCUUUGUAUUCGUGUAAGAUUAUUGAGUGUCCAUUUUUGGGUUGUUCAGGUUAUUUGAUUGAUGAUCAUAAGGGAUUUUUAAUUAGAACAUGUCCAAAGUGUUGGACAUUGUUUUGUGUUAUGUGUAGAGAUUAUUGGCAUAAGGGAAUGGAUUGUAGGACUAAUUACCAAUGGAAGAGGAAAAUUAGGUCUUUGGUUGGUGCAAAAAAAGAUGAUGAUAAAGGACCUGGUGAUGAAUAUUCUAACUUGCUUUCAAUGUUAAAGCACUUUAAGAAUGCUUAA